AAUCCGUACUAUUAAUACCACAAACCAUAGGCGAAAUAGAGAUUUGGGAAAUAUAACACCAGCACUAUCUAUCGAGGAGGUUGAACAUGAAUUAGGUCAAACAUUGCCAGGGAAUCGAAGAAGCCGAAGAAAUUCGGUUGAUAGUCGAAGAAGUCGUAGACGAUCAGCAUCUCCAUCCCGUGAUACAAUAAACACUAAUACAAACAAUCCUGAUGCGAUGAAUCCUGAAACAUCAACUCUUCAACCACCGCCUUAUGGGGCCACAGAUGAAGCGCAAAAUAUUAGCCUGAGGCUAGCUCACGCCAAUUUUCCAGAAAUGAAUCAGAGCCAUGUCGUUUCUAGCCACAAAUUGGAAUCUUUAGAUGCAAUAGCAUCCCCAUUCCGCGAGUCAUCGGGUGCACUUACCUGUAUCUUGACUUCUGAUGGAUCAGAAUCUCGAUCAAUCUCUUCACUUAUCGAAUUAGAGGAAGUGGUUAUAAUAUUUACCUUGGUUUCUGAUAAAACUUGA